CUUGCUAUAAAAGCCUGCCGCCCAACGUCGAAUUAGUUAGAACGCUUUCGACAGUGUAAACAUUCAAUCAACCAAAAUGAAAUUCUUCAUUGUCUUCUUCGCUUUGAUCGCUGUGGUCUUUGCUGGUGGAUACGGACAACAAGGCCACGGACAAGGAGGCCACGGCCAGCAAGGCUACGGACAGGGAGGCCACGGCCAGCAAGGAUUCGGACAGGGAAGCCACGGCCAGCAAGGAUUCGGACAGGGAAGCCACGGCCAGCAAGGAUUCGGACAGGGAAGCCACGGCCAGCAAGGAUUCGGACAGGGAAGCCACGGCCAGCAAGGAUUCGGACAAGGAGGACACGGCCAGCAAGAAUUCGGACAAGGAGGACAUGGUGGACGCGGCCAACACGGACACGGUGGACGUUACUAAAAAAAACGGCUUAAUACUGGCUUACUUAAACCAAAAAAAUAAAUAAAUUGCGUUCCUUAUGUUACAAAAGA